AUGUAUCGUCCAAGGAAGCUACCAUGUUUUUCUUCUGUCCGUAGAUCAUCGCUUCAUCUGUCGCCGCGAACUGUGAGCUCAACUGGGCACGCAGAAGAUCCCGUAGCCGGUGAGAAACUUCGGUGCGCCGAUAACAAUGACAGAGUGGGUCUUGUGUUUUGUGAGUGUUUUAAGGGCAUGGAGAAGUUUCUUGUGCGGCGCCCUGGUUGUCCACCGCAGCAGCCAAUGACAUCACCGCUUUUUACAACGGCUGCUGGGGUUGUAUCUUCUUCAGCUCCACCAUCAACUAGCGGUGGGGGGUCCGUGCGCUCGGCAAAAACAGUCAGGUCCUUUUUUCCCGGCACUAGCAAUUUAUUCUACGACGCGAAUGCGCCGAACUUGCACCGGAAGAAUUUGUCUUCUAUUCCCGGAAAUUCGGGGCCCAAACACGUGGGGAAGGACUUGUAUGGGAAUAACAGCAAUGGCGUCAGACAACACGAGGUACGGUCCCCUCUGAUGUUGCAGCCGACCACGUCUUUUGGUGGCCAGCAAACGACAUCCGAUAAGUCUGCGGCAGAAAAAGCAACUGCCUAUGCCGACAUUCAGCGUUACUCGUAUGCGUAUGCUUUGUGGCAAAACCGAAACGCGGCCCUACUACAGAUGGGUGUGGACAUGCAGGAGAUGACAAGUAAGGCAUGUUACCUGCGUGAUUUACAUCAAGAAGACUUAAAAGAUGGUAUGAGGCAAACAACACGGUUCUCUUUUUAUGUUGUUUUUCCCUUUGUGUUUUUGGUAAGCGCAGUUCUAUUUAAUGAAUCAACGCUAUACAGUGCGCAACUUAAAUAUCUGCGAUUGGUUGAUUACGACGCGUGGCUGGAAGCAAAUGGGCACAACAGCGGCAGAAGAGGGGGCAUUGUGGGUGGUGGUGGUGGUGGUGGUGGUUUCAGCAGGUACGAGCAGCGAAGGUGA